AAAAAAAUAGCAAAAGAGCAUCCUUCAAAAAUUUUUAAUUAUUUUAUAAAUAAUCAAAAUUAUAUGCACGUUUUUAACAUUGAUGAUUAUCAUUCAAUUCAUUCUUAUCGAAGACCAAAUGCAACAUCAUUAUCAGAAGUACAUCAUAUGGCAACAUGUGUUACAAAAAGAAUUAAUGAUUGUAUUCCAAUUUCAGCAACACAUAAUGGAAUUUCUUUUUUUAAUCCAUUAAAUAUAGAUGCUAGUUUAAUUAAUAGAUAUUUACUUGAAAAAUAUAAUGGAAUUUUUGAUAUAAGUUAUAAUACUCGAAAAUUUCAAUGGUCAAAUCAAACCAUUCAAAAUUUUCAACAAUUUGAUCGUAUAGAACUUCUUACAAUUCAUAUAUAUGAUGAUGCAAUUGCUGAACGAAAAGCUGAAAGAUCAAUGGAAACU